UCUUAGGGCAGGGCCAAGUCUGGGGGCGAAGCCAAGAGUAGCAGCAUGCUAAACAGAGUGCGCUCCGCCGUGGCGCACCUGGUCAGCUCCGGGGGUCCACCGGGGUCUGGGUCCAAAGACCUCCCUGCUACAGCGUCGCCCGUCCCCACUGCUCCCCCAACGGCACCCCGAAGCCCUCCGGCGGGGGCCGAAAGCGGAAGCAGAGCAUCGGGGGGCGCUGUGGAGAGUCGGGGCAGUUUCUCACGACCGACCUUCUUGCAGCUGAGCCCGGGGGGGCUAAGACGGGCGGAAGAUCACGCUGGCCGGGUCGUGCAGAGCCCCCCGGAUACGAGCCGCCGCCUGCCCUGGAGAACUGGCUAUGCCGAGGUCAUUAACGCAGGCAAGAGUCGGCAUAAUGAGGACCAGGCAUGCUGUGAGGUGGUUUAUGUUGAAGGCAGACAGGCCAGAAUGGGUGGGCCAGGGAAAUCCAUCACGGACCAGGGCCAACAGGGUCUCUGCUUCCACUACUGGGGCCUGUUCGACGGCCAUGCAGGGGCUGGGGCCGCAGAGAUGGCCUCCAGACUUCUUCAUCGAUAUAUCCGGGAACAGCUUCGGGGCCUGGUGGAGAUUCUGCAGGACCCUGCUCCCCCACCUCUGUGCCUUCCAUCUGAUACCAAGGCUUCUGUCUCCUCGGAGUCCUCGUGUCCCAGUGGGUCCCAGUCCUGCUGGCCAUUGCAGAAAGAGGUGACCCACGAGAGCCUGGUAGUGGGAGCCAUUGAGAACGCCUUCCAGUUCAUGGAUGAGCACAUGGCACGAGAGCAGAGGGGUCAGCACGCAGUCGGUGGUUGCUGUGCCCUGGUUGUGGUCUACCUCCUAGGGAAGAUGUAUGUGGCCAAUGCUGGAGACAGCAGGGCUAUCAUUAUUCGAAAUGGGGACAUCAUUCCAAUGUCUCGGGAGUUUACCCCUGAGACAGAAAGACAAAGACUGCAACUCCUUGGUUUCCUGAAGCCAGAACUACUGGGCAGUGAGUUCACCCACCUCCAGUUCCCCCGGAGAGUUCAGCCAAAAGAGCUGGGUCAACGAGUGCUGUAUCGAGACCAGAGCAUGACUGGCUGGGCCUAUAAAAAGAUUGAACUGGAAGAUCUCAGGUUUCCCCUGAUUUGUGGAGAAGGCAAAAAGGCUCGGGUAAUGGCCACCAUCGGAGUAACCCGAGGCUUGGGUGACCAUAAUCUAAAAGUGUGCAGUUCUACGCUGCCUGUCAAACCCUUCCUCUCCUGUUUCCCUGAGGUACAGGUAUAUGACCUGACCCAGUAUGAGCACUGCCCUGAUGACGUGUUAAUCCUGGGAACAGAUGGAUUAUGGGAUGUCAACAGUGAUAAAGAUGUGGCUGUCACUGUGGACAAAGUUCUGUCCAGCUACGAGCCUAACGAUCCCAGCAGGUACACUGCACUGGCCCAAGCCCUGGUCUUGGGGGCCAGGGGCAUCUCCAGGGAGCAGGGCUGGCGGCUCCCCAAUAACAAAAUGGGCUCUGUUGAUGAUAUUUCUGUCUUCGUCAUCCCAUUAGGGGGGCCUGGCAGCUAUACUUAAGGGGCCCAGGCCCCUCCUCCCUCAGCCUCUUCAGAAUCCGGCUCCAGCCCAGCCCAGCCCUUGCAGCUGGGGCCAUAAUACUGUUCGGGAGGACUUUCACUGGGCGGGGAUUGUCUGCUGCUUCUAUCUUACCCUGGGAUGUGUGUAAAUAAAUCAA